AUGGCUCUACCUGUUCCAGUCGUAGCUGUUUUCAGCAUCAAAAUUAUCUCGACACAAACGUGGGGCACCAUAGCCGAAAUAGCGAAACCUAAAACGGUGGCUCUUGACUUUUCAUCUAAAGGGACCUAUCUACUGGCUUGGGAGCAUUAUAGUGUAACGGCAACGAACAGUCAAGGCCAACCGAAUCUCAGCGUUUAUGAGACGAAGACGGGCGACCUGGUGCACACAGUGACACACAAGAAGCAGACCAACUGGCAGUGGCAGUGGAGUCAGGACGAGACGUUGUGUGCCCGCCUCAUCAACAACGAUGUCGUCUUCUAUUCGGUGCCCAACUUUGACAAGGCCACCGCGCGGAUUAGCGGCCAGAAGAUCGACACCUACAGCCUCGCGCCUGAGGGGUCGCCUAUGAACCUUAUCAUCUAUGUUCAGGGGAAAUCCGGACAACCUUCUUUGGCGAAACUUUACCAACAUCCAAAAUUCGACACAACGUUAGCUAGUAAAAGCUUCUUCCAGGCGGACAAUGUUGAGUUCUACUGGAAGCGGAAAGGAACGGGCGUUCUACUUCUGGCGUGCACUGAUGUGGACAAGACCAACUCCUCCUACUAUGGCAAGCAGUCUCUGCAUUUCAUGUCGCCCAAGGGGGAAACGCUUGUCGUGGUCCUUAGCAAAGAAGGGCCAAUCUUCAGCGUAGCAUGGAGUCCGUUGGGUAGCGAGUUCUGUGUGGUGUAUGGGACAGUACCUGCUAAGGCCACUCUCUUCAACCUCAAGUGUGAACCCAUCUUCGAAUUUGGCACUGGACAACGAAACUCCAUCUACUUCAAUCCCUUUGGAAACAUUAUGCUGAUGGGAGGGUUCGGCGCACUUCGGGGUCACUCGGAGCUGUGGGACAUGAACGCCCGCAAGCUGAUUGCCAAGAUAGAGGCACCUGACACCACUUCGCUCGCCUGGUCACCCGAUGGAGAGCACUUCAUGACUGCUACCACUGCGCCAAGGCUCAAGAUGGGCAACGGUUUCAAGAUCUGGCACUACUCGGGUACUCUGCUGUACGAGAGGCCGUGGAACGCCCAGGAGGAACUGUGGGAGGUUCUAUGGCAGCGGUUCCCAGCCGGCACUUUCAAGCCACCUGUCAUCAACUACAAGCCAGUCGAGGGCAUACAACCCAGUCAGCCUACAUACUCUAAACAGGUGUACAGGCCCCCCAUGGCUCGCGGUAGAGAUCCGCCGUCUGCACUGUCCAUCACCCAGCAGAACGAGGAGGCGGCCGGCGAAGUCACCGGCAAUCUGUCCAAGCAGGCGCUCAAACAGAAGAAGAAACGCGAGGCGAAGAAGGCAGCCAAACUGCAGCAACAGCAGAACAACGGUGGCGAGACAACUGCCGCCUCCCAGCCGCAGACUAGUCCCGCCUCCAACGGGGGCAGUGGGGGCGGAGCCAGUCGGGUGCUGGCUUUCAUCGAUGACAUCACCACCGACGACCCUGAGAAGAUGAAGAAGAUUAAGAAGCUUAGAUCUAAACUGCAAGAGAUUGCAAGGUUAAAAGAUCAGAAAGCGCAGGGCAAGCAGCUGGAAAUCAAUCAGGUGGAGAAGAUCAACAAGGAAGACAGUCUACUGAAGGAGCUCCGCGAGUUGAACUUGUGAUAGCAUUACUUCUCUGCAUUUCGUGGUCGGAAAAGGAAUUGCAGAAAGCGCUUGAACCAUGGUUCAAGCUGAGAACUGAAAACGCUGGCGUUGGCUGAUUAUGUGGACCAUGAGGCUUCGCAGCUGAUGUGCGCAUGCGCGGAAUUGUCUCGCAGGGCGCGAAUUUCAAACGUGCGUUUGAAUUGAGUUCAGUGGUUUGCGCGAACAAAUCACAAACUCUCGACGACUAGUGGUGUCAAUUGUAAAUAUAUACAUAUAAAUAACAAUGAACUAUAUAAUACUAUAUACAUAUGUGACUGAUAUUAACCUAAUUCUACGUCAGAGACAACGGUUUAGUAGGAAAUGAAACGAAAUGAUGCGCUUAAUAAUUUAUGGAGCGUUGGUCAGAGAUAGAACGGACAAAACAUGUCGUAGGAUUUUAAAAAUUGUAUGAAGAACAGAGAAAAUUAUAUAAUAUAUAUUUGAGUGUGUGUGUUUAUGGUAAUGGCUGUGGGCUGGUAUAUAAGGAUCGUCUAUAUUAUUUUUCGCUGGUUGGGAGCUUAAUUGUAAUAUUGAGAUUAAUCAAGUACCAAAAAUAUUUUUAUGAGUAAAUCUUGACACGGUAACAGAGUGUGGUCGCUGUUGUGGAUGGAGGGAGAUAGUUAAUAAUUAAAUUGUUAUUGUGUUGGAAAACAAUUGUGAACUAAGGGUUUGGAAGUGUGUUGGUGAUGAAAAAUGGUGCCGAAUUUUUUGUUUGGUUCCGCGCGCAAACAGGUGUUGCACAAAAAAAUUGUUUUCGAAAAAAUCGAAUAUGUACAGUGAUAAUAAUUAUUGAUAAUGUAUUGUAGCUCUUUUAAAUUAUUGUGCGGACCAGGUGUCAACAAUGGAACUAUUAUAUAAAAUGCCAUCUUACUGUGUUUUAUUUUAUUUUUCGGUUAUUACGUCUGCUAACAGAAGUAGACUAAAUUUUUAAUUUCAUUUGGCUUAGAAGUUGUUAGUUUUUGUGUAUCAGUUCUCCUAGUUUCAAACUAUAAUAGUUGUUUAGUAUUUUACUACAGUAUAUCACAAUUUUAGUUCAAAAUUAAACUAAAGUAUCAAUUUGAACUUUGGCUCAAAUUGAACUAUUGUAUCAGUUCUUUUAGUUUCAAACUAUAAUACUUGUCUGGUAUCUUACUUCAUAAUUUCAAUACAUUUUCCUUUAAUCGCAACGAACAAAAAUGAUACCCCAGCUCCAAUAAUCCAUAUUUAUCUCAAGUGCUGUGAAACCACAAAGUAAAUCAAUCACUGCUAAUUGCAACUGUCAGAUUUAAAAAUAUUUAUGUAGAAAUAUGAAAACGUUUCUGUUCCUUUUUUCAAAAUAGAUUAACUCAUAGAUUUAUGAGUUUUAUCACUGUAAAGUAUUUUUUCGCCACACUGCACAGAAAGCAGCUGUUUUCCAGUCCCUACGUAGAUCUGAAAGACCUUGUUUGUAGACGACUCUCGUCUGACGUAAGAAACCGGUUUCUUUUCCGGUCUAGGCCAGAAAGUGUACUCUUUCCAGCCGCUUAGAAGUCAGUAGUUAAUAAGUCAUCCGCUAGAUCGGGCGAGUGUCCACUUUCUUCAUCAAAUCGCCAUGAUUUCAGUUCGAAUUUCGAAUCAAACUAAUUCAGCAUUUGCUUCGCAACCAUUUUUAUUCAAUUAUUUAUUGUUGAUUAGCGAAUUCCGAAUUUUCAAAAAUGCUUGAAGAUGACGACGCCCGUGAUAUUCCAAGUGAAAUUUCAAAAGAAUCUGAAAUCCUGACUGCAAAUCUUCUACCACUAAAAUCAAAAGAUAGGUAUGAUAACAAGUAUUCUUUAUUUAUUUUGUCAGCAAUACCUGUAGUGUGGCGAAAAAUAUCGUUCGCACAACGGGCAAAAAUGUUUUUCCGGCUCUCAAUCUUUUCUAGUCCUUGGCCUACGGCCUCGGACUUGAAAACCGAUUUUGAGCUGGAAAAAUCUCAUUUUCUGCUCUAGGUGCGAAAUUUACUAUUAUUUUAAACUCAUUGUUACAUAAAUUCAUGUUGCAUUGCCACAAUUGUUGAGAAUUUUAGUUAUAAACAAUCUAAAAAUUGUUGAUUUCUUUAUAGAUACGAAUAAGUAUGGUUUGCCAGAUCUUAUUCAUGAUAACACUGGAAUUUUAUACAAAUUCUAGAUGAAUUAUUUAUUGAUAAGCAUAUAAAUUAUUACAAAAAUUGAAUUUCUUUUGUUAUUGCGGAGUUAAGACUCUAGGUCCUUUCUGCUACACAACCGUUGAAUAAUUUAUAGAGGAAUAAACCUCAUUAUACACCAUCGACAGCAACGUAACGUUAAGUAACGCUUGAGAUUAUUUUAGAAAAAAUAUUGAGAGAACAGUUGAGGUUUACGAUUGCUUGUAAGUGAUGGACAGUUAUGAGCUUAUACUAACGGUUCGGAAUUCACAUAGAAAUAUAGUAGGUCCAUGAAUCCAUCAUCAUCUCAUGCACAAGCUUAUGUAAACAUCAUUCUCAGAAAAAAAUUGUGACUAAUUACUUUUUCAAUUAUUUAUUAUCUCCUUGUCUAAUCUUGAAAGCUCAGUUCAAUAAAUUUCAGGUAUUUUUAAAAUGGCAAAAUAACGUUUUUCAAUUUUGUUUCUGUCAUUUUUAGCUAAAUUACACAGUAAUCUGAAAUCGAAUUAACUAAAAUUUAUUCCGAAGGAAGAGUUUUUGUAAUUUUAAACUAAAUAACAGUAUCUACACUUAUUUAAAAUCAAAUUGAGAAAAGAGGAUAUUAAUGCAUUAUCAACAUUAUACAAUAAUGGAAACUUCUCAAAUAGUUUUGUUUCUGAAGUUCAAAUUCAAUAAAAAUUUAUCGAGUUUUCUGUUUGAAAUUCUAACAAUCCUAUUUUCAAGAAAAGAAUCUAGUUUCAUAAUGAAUAUUGUGAUAAAUCAAAUUGAAGUCAUGUUUUCGGAUUACCUGAACGAUCAGUCAAUGAUUCACAUUCCCAUUUCAUUUCAUCAGUCCGACUUUUCAGAUCAUUAACUUAAGUAUCCGCCCAAUUUUAAUAGUCUAAUAAUAUUAUUAUAAACAGUAACGUUUUUGUGAUGGUACAUGUCAGUACUUUGUACCAGUACCUCUCGAAAAAAUUGUGAUCAUUUUCUUUUGCAAUUUUAACCCUUCUAAUUUUUUUUCUAGCUCCCAGAUAUCUUUAAAAUACAAUCUUUGAGACUAAGACCCGGUUACAGAGACGUUACAUAAGCUAUGUGAUACAUAGAUUAAAAUUUCUAGGACAAAUUAAAUUAUGUGAGCCAUAGAUUUAACAGAACGACUUCGGGCUCUUGACUUGACUGACCGUAUUUUAGUGAUUGAAGACAUAAAUAAGCUCCUGACGAUUGUGCAGCAAAAUCAGUGUCUAAUUGGGCGUUUUUAGUUGUAUGUGAGCUAUAGUUUACUUGGACGUCUGUGCAACGAAAAGUGGAGUUAUAUGGCUUCGUAAAUGAGUUAACGUCCUGUUUUUAACUUUAUGUGACGACUCUUCAACCGGGUAUAACUACGAGUAUUUAAAGUUUAUGAGGAUGAACGUUUCAAAACUUUCAAGAGCCAUAAUCCUGAUAGCCUUCAAGGCAUUAUAAAUAUUAUACUGAAUUAGACUGCUCUAGCAAAUUUUGUCACUGUUGUGACUGGCUUUUACAGCAAAAGCUGAGGUAAAACCUUAUUUAUUCCUAUCAAUUUUUGUAUUAUUUUCUUCUUAGUUUCGUCAUACUGCA